GUGACGGGUCUAAAGUCUCAUGGAGCAAGAAAUCUGUUUCUCUUUGCUUUGUAAGCUCCAACACAGACGACAUUAAGAUUUUUCAAAUAGUUAAAUAAUUUAGCUUAUUGCAUUUGAUAUUUUUUUCAACUGCUUUUUUUCCUUAAAUCGUGGAUACCACUACAAACAUUCAUAUCGGACUAUUUUUGCAGUCUGCUAUCGUCCAGUAGCAGACAAGAAAGAUCCAAAAUGGCUUGUGUUUUAUUAACGUGUUUUUUAAUUUUGAUAUCAGCGUACCAGGCUGAAUCAACCGGUGUGUUUGAGUUGAAAGUGCACUCUUUCACAAGUACAAGCAGUGUGUGUAAACAGUCCAGCGACUGCCAGAUCUUUUUCCGCGUUUGCCUGAAGCAUUCACAAGAUAUCAUACUACCUGAGCCGCCGUGCACUUACGGCAGUGGAAUGACAGACAUAUUCAGCGCGGACUCCAUCUCCAGCAGUGCACAUAUUCGCGUGCCUUUUAAUUUCAAGUGGCCGGGGAUUGUCUCGCUGAUAAUCGAAGCCUGGAACGCAGAGUCCUCUGACCAGUCAACAGAGAAUAUCAACAACAUGAUCAGCCGUUUGGCCACCAAACGGCGACUCGCUAUCGGUGAGGACUGGUCCCAGGACGUGCAUCGCGGAGAGCAAAGCCAACUGAACUUUUCUUAUCGCGUCGUGUGCGACGAGUUCUACUACGGCGAGGAAUGCUCGGAUUUAUGCCGCCCACGGAAUGAUGCGUUCGGCCACUUCAACUGUGACGCCGCUGGAAACAAAAUGUGCUUGCCAGGAUGGAAAGGCGAUUAUUGCGCAGAACCCAUCUGCUCGUCUGGCUGUAGCGAGGCCCACGGUGAUUGUGUGGCCCCGGGUGAGUGCACAUGCCGCAUCGGGUGGGACGGCCCCCUCUGCGACCAGUGCCAGCGAUACCCGGGGUGCCUGCAUGGCACCUGCAACCAGCCAUUUGAGUGCACUUGCAAAGAAGGCUGGGGCGGCCUCUUCUGCAACGAGGACCUGAACUUCUGCACUAAUCACAAGCCCUGCAUGAACGAUGCCACCUGUACCAACACCGGCCAGGGCAGCUACACCUGCAUCUGCAAGCCUGGCUUCAGUGGCAAAAACUGCGAGAUCGAGACCAACGAGUGCGACAGCAAUCCGUGCAAGAACGGAGGCAGUUGCAACGACCUGGUGAAUGAUUACACCUGCACAUGCCCUCAAGGCUUCUAUGGGAAGAACUGCGAGGUAAGCGCUAUGACCUGUGCCGAUGGACCCUGCUUCAACGGAGGAACCUGUACAGAAAAGGGGACCGGUGGCUACUCCUGCCGCUGUCUCACCGGUUACAUGGGCUCUAACUGUGAGAAGAAAAUCGACCGGUGCAGCAGUGACCCCUGUGCCAAUGGUGGCCAAUGUCUCGAUUUGGGUAGCAGACUGACAUGCAAAUGCCGCCCCGGCUUCACAGGCUCACGUUGCGAAACAAACAUAGACGACUGCGCAAGUAACCCCUGCCAAAACGCAGGCACCUGCGUGGACGGCAUCAACGGCUACACCUGCUCGUGCACGCUUGGCUUCUCAGGCAAAUACUGCGGCAUCCGCUCUGAUGCCUGCAGCCGCAUGCCCUGUGAGAACGGAGGGACCUGCUACACCCACUUCUCCGGGCCCGUCUGCGAGUGCCCACCAGGUUUCAUGGGAACACGAUGCGAGUAUAACGAGAAGCCCCCUGUGACCAGCCCUUCUCUUCCAGCGGCCAUGGUGGUCUCAUUUACUCUGGGCCUCGUCACUCUCUCUCUUGUGAUCUGCGCCGCCAUCGUGGUGCUGAGACAGAUGCGACAAGACUGCAAAGUCACCUCGACCACCGUGCGCAACGACCUGGAGUCCAUCAAUAACCGCAUCUCCUUGAACCCGUCCUCGACAUUAGGUAGAGAGAAGGAGGCCUUCCUCAUUCCUGGUGGUCCUUUUAAGGUGUCCAAUAAGGAUGUGGCGUUCAGAUCUACCACCAUGGACAAUCAAUCAAAUUACAAGCAGAAGAUGGUGGACUACAAUCUGAGCAUUGACGAAAAACCUACAAACAACAAGCUAGACAAGAAAAACUCUGAAUCUACAUUGUUAGUUCCACCUUUGAACUAUCCAAAAGAGGGAGUGUAUCACCCUGUGUACAUCAUCCCCGAACACAUAGAACAAUGUGUAUUUGCUACUGAGGUUUGACAACAUUUUUUUUUUUUUAUCCGGAGUCCCUUAAUCACCAGAGGGCCCGACCAACAAAAUGUUUACAGUCUUAAAGGACAAAAAGGAAGACGUGAAGAGAGUAUAUAUUAUAUCUGCAUUAUAUUAUUUAUUUAUUCAUGCUGCUCAGUAAAAGGACUACUUUUUGAUAUGGACAUUUUGCGAAGACAAAGCAAGAGACUUGAAGACUUGCAUUAUUUGCACUACUUUCUUUUCCUCUUUUUUUUUUUUUUUUUAAAAUGACCCAAAUAGAAUUUAUAUAUUUCAUCAUAUUACACAAAAAAACACGAACUCUUUGGAAGAGCUGAGAAAAAAAAAACAAGGAUUCAUUAAUCACAGAAGCCUUGAAAAGGAAGAAAGCAGACACCCUGAAGUUCAUCUCACUCUCUAAAUCACAUGAAGCCCAGUCAAUCAGCCUUAUGGGCGAAGGAGGUGCAACUGAAGGAUCUGGAACUGUGACCAUGGAGUAUUUUAUAAUUUAUAUUUUUUCGGAUAUGGUUCGAAAUGCUAUUUAUAAAUGGAUCUGUGAUGAUAAGCAAUCAAAGUUUUCGCCUGUGAACAAAUGUCUUGGGAAUCUACAGUUUAUAAUGGCUGUGAUUUUACUUAGUGCCUACAAUGGAUUUGACUAUCAGUGAUGUUCACUCAAACCAAACCUAAUCUUGAUUAAGUGCCUCGUCUUUUAAUGUGUUAUAGCUCAAUGAAGACGGUACUCCUUAGAAACACUAAAAAACUAACUUUUUUGAAAUACAUGAGUAUGUUUUUCACCGAGAAAAUGACUUGGGUUCAAAUUGUUUAAACAGCAGUGCAUGAUGGAUGUUGUUGUGUACAGCUUUCAUCCUGUCAACGUUCACUGCUGCUAAGCUAUUUCCGACAUUCCCAGGGCUCGAAAGGACCAGCGGGUUCAAACUGAUAGCCUCAUCAUUGUCAAGAUUUCCUGGUUUUGUGAACCUCAGCAUUAGGGUCU